AUGUUUGUCAGGCAUUACAGGAAACGGUCGGCUUCAAGGGGUAGGUCUGGUAGUCGAUCAAAGAGCCGUUCCCCGGACAAACGCUCCAAGAAGGAUGAUGGGGCUGCCUCACGAAACCGAGACAGGGACCGCAACAGGCGGGAAGAGAGGUCUCGCAGCCGUGACCGCCGCCGAUCACGGUCCAGAGACAGGAAGCGCCCCAGGUAAGCUGUGUGUGUGAAAGCAAGAGAGACUGAGACCAAGAGAGUGGUCAAGUUCAUCUUAGUAUGUGUGUCUUGGAAUGUGAAAUAAAUACCUGGUCUGAUCUUGUUAUUGAAUUUGUCUGAUGUGGUCUAGACGCUCUAGGAGUCGGGAGAAGAGGCGGUCCAGAAGCCGUGACAGGAGCAGAAGGUCUAGGAGCCGAGGACGCAGAUCACGAUCCGCCAGCCCUAGCAAAAGCAGGAAAACUGAUGAGAAGUGAGUUAUUACCAGCAGGUUAUUACGCAUCAAAGACCCUGUGAGGAUGUCUUAAGGAUAUACAGUACCAGUCAAACGUUUGGACACACCUACUAAUUCCAGGGUUUUUCUUUAUUUUUACUAUUUUCUACAUUGUAGAAUAAUAGUGAAGACAUCAAAACUAUGAAAUAACACAUAUGGAAUUAUGUAGUAACCAAAGAAGUGUUAAACAAAUCAAAAUAUAUUUUAUAUUUGACAUUCUUCAAAGUAGCCACCUUUUGCCUUGAUGACAGCUUUGCAAACUCUUGCCAUUCUCUCAACCAGCUUCAUGAGGUAGUCACCUGGAAUGCAUUUCAAUUAACCGGUGUGCCUUAAUGCGUUUGAGCCAAUCAGUUGUGUUGUGACAAAGUAGGGGUGGUAUACCGAAGAUAGCCCUAUUUGGUAAAAGACCAAGUCCAUAUUAUGGUAAGAACAGCUCAAAUAAGCAAAGAGAAACGAUAGUCAGUCCAUCAUUACUUUAAGAGAUGAAGGUCAGUCAAUCCAGAAAAUUUCAAGAACUAUGAUAAUAAUAUAAUAAUAAUAUGUCAUUUAGCAGACGCUUUUAUCCAAAGCGACUUACAGUCAUGCGUGCAUACAUUUUUGUGUAUGGGUGGUCCCGGGGAUCGAACCCACUACCCUGGCGUUACAAGCGCCAUGCUCUACCAGCUGAGCUACAGAGGACCUGUAGCUGGUUCUCAUGAGGACCGCCACAGGAAAGGAAGACCCAGAGUUACCUCUGCUGCGGAGGAUAAGUUCAUUAGAGUUACCAGCCUCAGAAAUUGCAGCCCAAAUAAAUUUAACAUUUUAAAUUUUAUUCAUUUUAGCAGACGCUCUUAUCCAGAGCGACUUACAGUUAGCACAUACAUUAUUUUAUCGAACCCACAACCCUGGCGUUGCAAACGCCAUGCUCUACCAACUGAGCUACAUCCCCUGCCGGCCAUUCCCUCCCCUACCCUGGACGACGCUGGGCCAAUUGUGCGCCGCCCCAUGGGUCUCCCGGUCGAGGCCGGCUAAGACAUAGCCUGGAUACGAACCAGGAUCUCUAGUGGCACAGCUAGCACUGCGAUGCAGUGCCUUAGACCACUGCGCCACUCGGGAGACUCUAAAAUGUAAAAUUUAUUUGGGCUGCAAUUUCUGAGGCUGGUAACUCUAAUGAACUUAUCCUCCGCAGCAGAGGUAACUCUGGGUCUUCCUUUCCUGUGGCGGUCCUCAUGAGAACCAGCUACAGGUCCUCUGUAGCUCAGCUGGUAGAGCACGGCGCUUGUAACGCCAGGGUAGUGGGUUCGAUCCCCGGGACCACCCAUACACAAAAAUGUAUGCACGCAUGACUGUAAGUCGCUUUGGAUAAAAGCGUCUGCUAAAUGGCAUAUUAUUAUUAUAUUAUUAUCAUAGUUCUUGAAAUGUUCUGGAUUGACUGACCUUCAUGUCUUAAAGUAAUGAUGGACUGACUAUCGUUUCUCUUUGCUUAUUUGAGCUGUUCUUGCCAUAAUAUGGACUUGGUCUUUUACCAAAUAGGGCUAUCUUCGGUAUACCACCCCUAAUUUGUCACAACACAACUGAUUGGCUCAAACGCAUUAAGGCACACCGGUUAAUUGAAAUGCAUUCCAGGUGACUACCUCAUGAAGCUGGUUGAGAGAAUGGCAAGAGUUUGCAAAGCUGUCAUCAAGGCAAAAGGUGGCUACUUUGAAGAAUGUCAAAUAUAAAAUAUAUUUUGAUUUGUUUAACACUUCUUUGGUUACUACAUAAUUCCAUAAAUUCCAUAAAUGCUUCACAGAGUUCAAGUAACAGACACAUCUCACCAUCAACUGUUCAGAGGAGACUGCGUGAAUCAGGCCUUCAUGGUCGAAUUGCUGCAAAGAAACCACUACUAAAGGACACCAAUACGAAGAUGAGACUUGCUUGGUUCAAGAAACACGAGCAAUGGACAUUAGACCGGCGGAGUCCAAAUUUGAGAUUUUUGGAUCCAACCGCCGUGUCUUUGUGAGAAGCAGAGUAGGUGAACGGAUGAUCUCUGCAUGUGUGGUUCCCACCGUGAAGCAUGGAGGAAGAGGUGUGGGGGUGCUUUGCUGGUGACACUGUCUGUGAUUUUAUUUAGAAUUCAAGGCACACUUAACCAGCAUGGCUAUCACAGCAUUCUGCAGCGAUACGCCAUCCCAUCUGAUUUGGGCUUAGUGGGACUAUCGUUUGUUUUUCAACAGGACAAUGACCCAACACACCUCCAGGCUGUGUAAGGGCUAUUUGACCAAGAAGGAGAGUGAUGGAGUGCUGCAUCCGAUGACCUGGCCUCCACAGUCCCCCGACCUCAACCCAAUUGAGAUGGUUUGGGAUGAGUCUGACCGCAGAGUGAAGGAAAAGCAGCCAACACGUGCUCAGCAUAUGUUUGAACUCCUUCAAGUCUGUUGGAAAAUCAUUCCUCAUGAAGCUGGUUGAGAGAAUGCAGAGAGUGUGCAAAGCUGUCAUCAAGGCAAAGGGUGGCUACUUUGAAGAAUCUCAAAUAUAAAAUAUAUUCUGAUGUAUUUAACACUUUUGUGGUUACUACAUGAUUCCAUAUGUGUUAUUCAAUAGUUUUGAUAUCUUCACUAUUAUUCUACAAUGUAGAAAAUAGAAAAAAUGAAGAAAAACCCUUGAAUGAGUAGGUGUGCCCAAACUUGACUGGUACUGUAUAUUAAAAAAUAUAUAUAUAUCUUACUUCCACCAUAUACAAUAAAGUUCUCUCUCUUCUGUCUGUUUGGGUUUGCCAAUAGGUCUAAAAGCAAGGAAAAAGACAACCCUGAAGCCUCUGCAGAGAAGAAAGUAAAAGAAGAGCAAGAGGAGGUUAAGGUUGAGGAUGUGAGUCCUGCUCCAGUGGAGAUUGUCUUCAGCAAUUUGGAAACACUGAGACUGUGGAAUAUUUGUGCAUGUUUAUGUUGUCCCCACAGCAAGACUUUGACCAGAACAAGCUGGAGGAGGAGAUGAGGAAGAGGAAGGAGCGAGUGGAGAAGUGGAGGGAGGACCAAAGGAAGAAGGCCCUUGGGAACAUUGAGGAGAUCAAGAGAGAGAUAGAGGAGAUGAAGCAGGGAAAGAAGUGGAGUCUGGAGGAUGAUGAUGGUGAGGAACAAGCUCAGAAUUUUCAUGGCUGUGUUGUGGGUUCAUAUGUACCUAAAUGCAUUAGUAUCCACAUCGAAAGACUGAUUUAGAUACCUGCCAACACAGGGCCUCACCUGACUUCUCUUCUUUGUUUCAGAUGAUGACGAGGAAGGCCCAGCUCCUGUGGAUGAGCCUGAAGAAGGAGAGGAGGGUAAGGGGUUGGAGGAGAAGGAUAUAAAGGAGGAGGAGGAGGAGGAAGAAGAGGAGGAGGAAGUGACUCCCAUGGAGCAGGAGGCAGAGGAUGAGCUGGAUACCUUGGACGCCUACAUGGAGGAGGUCAAGGAAGAAGUCAAGAAGUUCAACAUGGGCCCCCAGUCUAAAGGGAACGACAAGGUUAGUUGGACCAUGGCUGCUCCCCAAUCAGUUUCCUCCACAUAUACCUAGCUCAUUUGAAAUAUUACUGUCAAUAUUUGCUGCUUCUGUCUUUUUUGUGUAAUAUUUUUUGGCCUCCACACAAACAGAAGGGAGGAGUAAAUGUAUCCAAAGUUGUCAGCGUUUGCAAAACAAAGAGGGGACCGAAUGCACACAAAAAGAAGGGUGAGCUGAUGGAGAAUGACCAGGAUGCAAUGGAGGUAAGCAGUUUUGUCCUGUCAUGCUAUCAUUGUCAUUGUGUAAAUGUUACAUAAGAACUGCUAUGUCUGAAUUCCAAAUGGCAACCUAUUCCCUAUAUAGGGCACUACUUUUGACCAGUGCCCGUAGGGUCAAAAGUAUUGCACUAUGUAGGGAAUAGGGUGCCAUUUUGGACACGGACCAUCUCUCUGGAAACUCUCUUCCAGAAGUCUCAAAGUUCUCUCAGAUUUCUCUCACUGAAGAGAACAGGUUCUUACAUGUUGUUGUGUCACUGUCUUCCCAGUACUCGUCCGAGGAAGAGGAGGUAGAUCUGGCAACAGCUCUGACUGGCUACCAGACCAAGCAGAGGAAGGUGCUGGAGCCAGUGGACCACCAGAAGAUUGAGUACGAACCGUACCGCAAGGACUUCUACGUGGAGGUGCCAGAGCUGGCCAAGAUGUCUCCUGAGGGUGUGUACAUGUAAAACCAUUUUUUUGAAUAAUAAUUUCUUGCACUUCUUUUUUCUUCUUUUUUUUAAGAAGGAUCUACAGUGAGGGGGAAAAAAGUAUUUGAUCCCCUGCUGAUUUUGUACGUUUGCCCACUGACAAAGAAAUUAUCAGUCUAUAAUUUUAAUGGUAGGUUUAUUUGAACAGUGAGAGACAGAAUAACAACAAAAAGAUCCAGAAAAAAUGCAUGUAAAAAAUGUUAUAAAUUGAUUUGCAUUUUAAUGAGGGAAAUAAGUAUUUGACCCCUCUGCAAAACAUGACUUAGUACUUGGUGGCAAAACUCUUGUUGGCAAUCACAGAGGUCCGACGUUUCUUGUAGUUGGCCACCAGGUUUGUACACAUCUCAGGAGGGAUUUUGUCCCACUCCUCUUUGCAGAUCUUCUCCAAGUCAUUAAGGUUUUCGAGGCUGACGUUUGGCAACUCGAACCUUCAGCUCCCUCCACAGAUUUUCUAUGGGAUUAAGGUCUGGAGACUGGCUAGGCCACUCCAGGACCUUAAUGUGCUUCUUCUUGAGCCACUCCUUUGUUUCCUUGGCCGUGUGUUUUGGGUCAUUGUCAUGCUGGAAUACCCAUCCACGACCCAUUUUCAAUGCCCUGGCUGAGGGAAGGAGGUUCUCACCCAAGAUUUGACGGUACAUGGCCCCGUCCAUCGUCCCUUUGAUGCGGUGAAGUUGUCCUGUCCCCUUAGCAGAAAAACACCCCCAAAGCAUAAUGUUUCCACCUCCAUGUUUGACGGUGGGGAUGGUGUUCUUGGGGUCAUAGGCAGCAUUCCUCCUCCUCCAAACACAGCGAGUUGAGUUGAUGCCAAAGAGCUCGAUUUUGGUCUCAUCUGACCACAACACUUUCACCCAGUUCUCCUCUGAAUCAUUCAGAUGUUCAUUGGCAAACUUCAGACGGCCCUGUAUAUGUGCUUUCUUGAGCAGGGGGACCUUGCGGGCGCUGCAGGAUUUCAGUCCUUCAUGGCGUAGUGUGUUACCAAUUGUUUUCUUGGUGACUAUGGUCCCAGCUGCCUUGAGAUCAUUGACAAGAUCCUCCCGUGUAGUUCUGGGCUGAUUCCUCACCGUUCUCAUGAUCAUUGCAACUCCACUAGGUGAGAUCUUGCAUGGAGCUCCAGGCCGAGGGAGAUUGACAGUUCUUUUGUGUUUCUUCCAUUUGCGAAUAAUCGCACCAACUGUUGUCACCUGCUCACCAAGCUGCUUGGCGAUGGUCUUGUAGCCCAUUCCAGCCUUGUGUAGGUCUACAAUCUUGUCCCUGACAUCAUUGGAGAGCUCUUUGGUCUUGGCCAUGGUGGAGAGUUUGGAAUCUGAUUGAUUGAUUGCUUCUGUGGACAGGUGUCUUUUUAUACAGGUAACAAACUGAGAUUAGGAUAACUCCCUUUGAGAGUGUGCUCCUAAUCUCAGCUCGUUACCUGUAUAAAAUACACCUGGGAGCCAGAAAUCAUUGUGAUUGAGAGGGGGUCAAAUACUAAUUUCCCUCAUUAAAAUGCAAAUAAAUUUAUAACAUUUUUGACAUGUUUUUCUGGAUUUUGUUGUUGUUAUUCUGUCUCUCACUGUUCAAAUAAACCUACCAUUAAAAUUAUAGACUGAUCAUUUCUUUGUCAGUGGGCAAACGUACAAAAUCAGCAGGGGAUCAAAUACUUUUUUCCCUCACUGUAUUUGCAAUGACUGUGAUAUGUGGUGUUUUUUCCCACUAAUCUAAAGUUGAGUGCACUGACUUAGAGUUGGGCGGUAUCCAGAUUUUCAUACCGUUUCUGUACCAUACCAUGGUAUACGGUAUUACCAAAUGUGUACACGAGGCACUAUAACAAAAAACAUAUAUAUUUAGUUUGUUUGACAAUUUAGGGAACAGGGAUCUUGAUCCAGGAGGGGAUUGAAUGUCUCUGCUGUAACCAAGAAGCUUGAUCUUGACGUCUAGCCACUUAGUUAGCAAACCAAAUGCAUAGCUGGAGCGUCUGCUAAAUGAGUAAAGCGUCAAAUGUAAAUGUUAAGAUACAAGAUGGCACAUUAUCUUUAAGUCAUAGCUGACCAUCUAACCCCCUAUCCUUUGGUUCCCUAUUGGUGAAUGCAUACAGAGGUGAAUGUCCACAGGCUGGACCUGGAGGGAAUCGCAGUCAAAGGAAAGGGUUGUCCCAAGCCCAUCAAGUCAUGGGUGCAGUGUGGCACGUCGAUGAAGAUCCUAAGUGCAUUAAAGAGGUGUGUCACGGACAAUGUUUCACAUUGUAGCAGAUAUAAUUUACUUGCAUAUUGUUCCAAACCAAUAUGACCAUAACAUACAUUUGUUUUGCAAUCUGCAGUUGAUUAAUUUGUCAUAUAUUAUCCAUACACUUCUAGAUAGGUGAGCUAAAUGAUGUUGUCUUCACAUCCAGACACAGCUAUGAGAAACCCACACCCAUCCAGGCCCAGGCCAUCCCAGCCAUCAUGUCUGGGAGAGACCUCAUCGGCAUCGCUAAGACCGGCAGUGGAAAGACCAUCGCCUUCCUCCUUCCCAUGUACCGCCACAUCAUGGACCAGAGGCCCCUGGAGGAGGCUGAGGGACCCAUCGGUAAGGGCCCCUUUACUAUGACGUCUUCUGUGGUAUAACUACAUAUCAGUUACACCUCAAUGAAUCUGAAUCUCAAUUUUUUGUGUGUAAAUCUCAAUUAAAAUUUGCUGAGCAGAAUGGUCAUAUCUAUCAGACAGUAUGAAAUCUUAACUGUUCAGUGAAGGUCCUGGAUUUUGUAAGUGCAAAUAAAGGAUGAGAAUAUGAUGUCUGAGUUCUAUUUUCCAUUCUCUUCCACGUGCAGCUGUGAUCAUGACUCCAACUAGAGAGCUGGCUCUGCAGAUCACCAAGGAGUGCAAGAAGUUCUCCAAGCCCCUGAACCUGAGGGUUGUGUGUGUGUAUGGAGGCACAGGGAUUAGUGAACAGGUAGAACCUCCUCGAACUCUGUAUGGUCAGAUUUUACACACAUGAGCACCUCAAUGGAAUAACAGUAGUGUUCCAUGGUUGUAAUUAAGUUUAACCAUGAACAUUACUAUGAAUACAAUGAACUAUUGUACAUUGAAUUUGAAGAUACUGGAGUUGUAUGUUUGAAUAAUCAGUUAGGGAAAGGCAAACAGGAUUGUACCUUGUUGGUUGAAUAUAGAUAUCUUACUUUCUUGGUUUCUUCCUUGUGGGGCAGAUUGCUGAGCUGAAGAGGGGAGCAGAGAUCAUUGUGUGCACACCAGGCCGAAUGAUUGACAUGUUAGGCGCCAACAGCGGUAAGGGACACACGCCUUGCCCUGUAGCUUUCUUUGUGUUAUUGUAGCCAGGCACAUAUAAGGAUAGUGAUUUCUGAUAUGUAUUAAACCUGCAGUGUCUGCAAUGCCCAGUGUUCUAAUACUUUUGGCGUAGAAACGUCACUACUGACCCUGAAAAAACAAGCACUCCAGGUACUGACAGAAGGUGAGCUGGAAUUGUCCUGCCUUGCAUGGAAUGUUUCUGUAUGAGAGUCAAGUCAGUACCACUUUACUAAACUCUCAACAUUAUUUGACCACCUUGGGUUGGGAGUCAUAUCCUCAAGCUAUUUGAAGUGUUCCCUGAAGAAUAAUGUCAGCUACUGGUAGGUGGAGAGACGAUACUGCCUCGUGGUCCUCACAUUCAGAGGCGUAAGUCAAGUUUUCACCCAACCUUUAUUAAAGUCAAGUUUGCUUGUUAGCCAUGUAAAAGUCAGAAAGCUCACUCAUGUACAGUGGGGAAAAAAGUAUUUAGUCAGCCACCAAUUGUGCAAGUUCUCCCACUUAAAAAGAUGAGAGGCCUGUAAUUUUCAUCAUAGGUACAUGUCAACUAUGACAGACAAAUUGAGAAUUUUUUUUCCAGAAAAUCACAUUUGUAGGAUUUUUUAUGAAUUUAUUUGCAAAUUAUGGUGGAAAAUAAGUAUUUGGUCACCUACAAACAAGCAAGAUUUCUGGCUCUCACAGACCUGUAACUUCUUCUUUAAGAGGCUCCUCUGUCCUCCACUCGUUACCUGUAUUAAUGGCACCUGUUUGAACUUGUUAUCAGUAUAAAAGACACCUGUCCACAACCUCAAACAGUCACACUCCAAACUCCAUUAUGGCCAAGACCAAAGAGCUGUCAAAGGACACCAGAAACAAAAUUGUAGACCUGCACCAGGCUGGGAAGACUGAAUCUGCAAUAGGUAAGCAGCUUGGUUUGAAGAAAUCAACUGUGGGAGCAAUUAUUAGGAAAUGGAAGACAUACAAGACCAGUGAUAAUCUCCCUCGAUCUGGGGCUCCACGCAAGAUCUCACCCUGUGGGGUCAAAAUGAUCACAAGAACGGUGAGCAAAAAUCCCAGAACCACACGGGGGGACCUAGUGAAUGACCUGCAAAGAGCUGGGACCAAAGUAACAAAGCCUACCAUCAGUAACACACUACGCCGCCAGGGACUCAAAUCCUGCAGUGACAGACAUGUCCCUUUGCUUAAGCAUAGUACAUGUCCAGGCCCGUCUGAAGUUUGCUAGAGUGCAUUUGGAUGAUCCAGAAGAGGAUUGGGAGAAUGUCAUAUGGUCAGAUGAAACCAAAAUAGAACUUUUUGGUAAAAACUCAACCCGUCGUGUUUGGAGGACAAAGAAUGCUGAGUUGCAUCCAAAGAACACCAUACCUACUGUGAAGCAUGGGGGUGGAAACAUCAUGCUUUGGGGCUGUUUUUCUGCAAAGGGACCAGGACGACUGAUCCGUGUAAAGGAAAGAAUGAAUGGGGCCAUGUAUCAUGAGAUUUUGAGUGAAAACCUCCUUCCAUCAAGCAAGGGCAUUGAAGAUGAAACGUGGCUCGGUCUUUCAGCAUGACAAUGAUCCCAAACACACCGCCCGGGCAACGAAGGAGUGGCUUCGUAAGAAGAAUUUCAAGGUCCUGGAACCAUCAGAUCCUCCUCUCCACCCUCUCCGAGAUGGGCAUCUCCGGCGCGGCUCACUCCUGGAUUGCGUCCUACCUGACCGGUCGCUCCUACCAAGUGGCGUGGCGGGAAGCUGUCUCCGCACCACGUGCUCUCACCACUGGUGUCCCCCAGGGAUCGGUUCUGGGCCCUCUCCUUUUCUCCCUAUACACCAAGUCACUUGGCUCUGUCAUAUCCUCACAUGGUCUCUCCUAUCAUUGCUACGCUGACGAUACACAACUAAUCUUCUCCUUUCCCCCUUCUGAUAACCAGGUGGCGAAUCGCAUCUCUGCAUGUCUGGCAGACAUAUCAGUAUGGAUGACGGAUCACCACCUCAAGCUGAACCCUGGCAAGACGGAGCUGCUCUUCCUCCCGGGGAAGGACUGCCCGUUCCAUGAUCUCGCCAUCACGGUUGACAACUCCGCUGUGUCCUCCUCCCAGAGUGCGAAGAGCCUAGGCGUGACCCUGGACAACACCCUGUCGUUCUCCGCCAACAUCAAGGCGGUGACCCGCUCCUGCAGGUUCAUGCUCUACAACAUUCGGAGAGUGCGACCCUGCCUUACACAGGAAGCGGCGCAGGUCCUGGUCCAGGCACUUGUCAUCUCCCGUCUGGACUACUGCAACUCGCUGUUGGCUGGGGCUCCCUGCCUGUGCCAUUAAACCCCUACAACUCAUCCAGAAUGCCGCAGCCCGUCUGGUGUUUCAACCUUCCCAAGUUCUCUCACGUCACCCCCCUCCUCCGCACACUCCACUGGCUUCCAGUUGAAGCUCGCAUCCGCUACAAGACCAUGGUGCUUGCCUAUGGAGCAGUGAGGGGAACGGCACCUCUGUACCUUCAGGCUCUGAUCAGUCCCUACACCCAAACGAGGACGUUGCGUUCAUCCACCUCUGGCCUGCUGGCUCCCCUUCCUCUGCGGAAGCACAGCUCCCGCUCAGCCCAGUCAAAACUGUUCGCUGCUCUGGCACCCAAUGGUGGAACAAGCUCCUCACGACGCCAGGACAGCGGAGUCACUCACCACCUUCCGGAGACAUUUGAAACCCCACCUCUUUAAGGAAACCUGGGAUAGGAUAAAGUAUUCCUUCUAACCCCCCCCCCCCCCCCCCCCCCCCCCCCCCCCCCCCAAAUUGUAAAGUGGUUAUCCCACUGGCUAUAGGGUGAACGCACCAAUUUGUGAGUCGCUCUGGCUAAGAGCGUCUGCUAAAUGACGUUAAUGUGCCCUUGAGCAAGGCACUUAACCCUAAUUGCUCCUGUAAGUCGCUCUGGUUAAGAGCGUCUGCUAAAUGACUAAAAUGUAAAUGUAAAUGUCCUAGCCAGUCUCCAGAUCUAAACCCUUAGAAAAUCUUUGGAGGGAAUUGAAAGUCCGUGUUGCCCAGCGACAGCCUCAAAACAUCACUGCUCUAGAGGAGAUCUGCAUGGAGGAAUGGGCCAAAAUACCAGCAACAGUGUGUGAAAACCUUGUGAAGACUUACAGAAAACAUUUGACCUGUGUCAUUGCCAACAAAGGGUAUAUAACAAAGUAUUGAGAAACUUUUGUUAUUGACCAAAUACUUAUUUUCCACCACAAUUUGCAAAUAAAUUCAUUAAAAAUCCUACAAUGUGAUUUUCUGGAGAAAAAAAAAUCUCAUUUUGUCUGUCAUAGUUGACGUGUACCUAUGAUAAAAAUUACAGGCCUCUCUCAUCUUUUUAAGUGGGAGAACUUGCACAAUUGGUGGCUGACUAAAUACUUUUUUCCCCCACUGUAUGUCAAUAUAUUUAGAUCAGUAAUUAGUAAAUGUUGUUUUAUGACUAUGUAAAUUGAAGAAAGAACAUGUAAUGAAACAGACAGUAAAGCUUUCUUUACUUCCACACAUGUGAGGUAAUCUCUGUUUCCUUUGUAGGUGAAAAGGUGAUCAGAUAGUGCUUGAUGUGGCCCCAACUCUUUUAUUGUUUUGGCUGUUUUCUGUCAUUUACAGGUUCCUCGUGCCUUUCAGAUGGUACGCAAGACAAGCGAAACAUAGAAACCAAAUAAUCUGGCCCCUUAAAAGUAGUCCUAAACAGAAUAAAUGGCAUUUGUAUGAAUUGAAGUGCAGUAGUUAAUGCCCUAGGAAAAGGAUAGCCUGUUUGUUUAGGCUUGUGUAGUGAUUGGGUGGGGCAAAAUUGAUGCAGUUAAAUAUUGCGAUAUUACUUUUGGACAAUAUUAUAUCGAUAUUUGACUCAAGUAUAUAAUUUAAAAAAGAUAUAUAUAUAUUUUUUUGCUUGUGUAGGUAGCUACGCUAGUAGGCUCUACCUGCGCCGAAACAACUCGGGUAUUUUUCAUCGUAUAGCUUAUCCAUCUUCUUUUUAAAUGGUUUUCAGCACUUAUUUCCCUGAUUGAUCAAAACUCGUUUUCUCAUGCUCUCUCUUGUCUCUCUGUAGCAGACAUAUAGUGAGCAAUAUAUUUGGAACGUCAAAUUGCAAUACAUAUACAGUCGUGGUCAAAAGUUUUGAGAAUGAUUCAAGUAUUGGUCUUCACAAAGUUUGCUGCUUCAGUGUUUUUAGAUAUUUUUGUCAGAUGUUACUAUGGUAUACUGAAGUAUAAUUACAAGCAUUCCAUAAGUGUCAAAGGCUUUUAUUGACAAUUACAUUAAGUUUAUGCAAAGAGUCAAUAUUUGCAGUGUGGACCCUUCUUUUUCAAGACCUCUGCAAUCUGCCCUGGCAUGCUGUCAAUUAACUUCUGGGCCACAUCCUGACUGAUGGCAGCCCAUUCUUGCAUAAUCAAUGCUUGGAGUUUGUCAGAAUUUGUGGGGUUUUGUUUGUCCACCCACCUCUUGAGUUCUCAAUGGUAUUAAGGUCUGGGGAGUUUCCUGGCCAUGGACCCAAAAUGUCGAUGUUUUGUUCCCCGAGCCACUUAGUUAUCACUUUUGCCUUAUGGCAAGGUGCUCCAUCAUGCUGGAAAAGGCAAAAUUGUGAAUGAGCCCACUCCCUUGGCUGAGAAGCAACCCCACACAUGAAUGGUCUCAGGAUGCUUUACUGUUGGCAUGACACAGGACUGAUGGUAGCGCUCACCUUGUCUUCGGACAAGCUUUUUUCCGGAUGCCCGAAACAAUCGGAAAGGGGAUUCAUCAGAGAAAAUGACUUUAACCCAGUCCUUAGCAGUCCAAUCCCUGUACCUUUGCAGAAUAUUAGUCUUUCCCAGAUGUUUUUCGUGGAGAGAAGUGGCUUCCUCGCUGCCCUUCUUGACACCAGGCCAUCCUCCAAAAGUAUUUGCCUCACUGUGCGUGCAGAUGCACUCACACCUGCCUGCUGCCAUACCUGAGCAAGCUCUGCACUGGUGGUGCCCCGAUCCCGCAGCUGAAUCAAUUUUAGGAGACGAUCCUGGCACUUGCUGGACUUUCUUGGGCGCCCUGAAGCCUUCUUCACAACAAUUGAACCUCUCUCCUUGAAGUUCUUGAUGAUCCGAUAAAUUGUUGAUUUAGGUGCAAUCUUACUAGCAGCAAUAUCCUUGCAUGUGAAGCCCUUAUUGUGCAAAGCAAUGAUGACGGCACGUGUUUCCUUGCAGGUAACCAUGGUUAACAGAGGAAGAACAAUGAUUUCAAGCACCACCCUCCUUUUAAAGCUUCCAGUCUGUUAUUCUAAGUCCAUCAGCAUGACAGAGUGAUCUCCAGCCUUGUCCUCGUCAACACUCUCACCUGUGUUAACGAUUGGAAUCACUGACAUGAUGUCAGCUGGUCCUUUUGUGACCGGGCUGAAAUGCAGUGGAAAUGUUUUUUUGGGAUUAAGUUCAUUUUCAUGGCAAAGAUGGGCUUUGCAAUUAAUUGCAAUUCAUCUGAUCACUCUUCAUAACAUUCUGGAGUAUAUUCAAAUUGCCAUCAUAAAAACUGAGGCAGCAGACUUUGUGAAAAUUAAUAUUUGUGAAAUUCUCAAAACUUUUGACCACAACUGUAGAAUCGCAAUACAUCGUAUCAGCACCUAAGUAUCGUAAUAUUGUAUUGUGAGGUCCCUAGCAAUUCCCUGCCCUAUUGUUAAUGGGUUUGUGUGUGUAUUUACACCAGUAGCUAUGUUUGUGUGAACGCUUUGGGUGAGCGUUCUUUCCAGAGAUUAACUUGUUUUCCUUUGUCACUAUGCUCUCCUUGUGUGUGUAGGUCGAGUCACAAACCUGCGCAGAGUCACGUACGUGGUGGUGGACGAGGCAGAUAGAAUGUUCGACAUGGGCUUUGAGCCACAGGUAGGGGCUCCUCCAGAUUAUUAUUAUUAUUUUUAAACAGUAGACCAAUCAAGGCACAGUAUCAUUAUUUGUAAAGAAUUGAUCUAAGGAGGUGUUUAAGGAUCUUAUAACGCAAAAAUAGAUUUGCAUCAAUUCAUCCUACGUUCACCUGGCCCUGGCACCAAUAACAAUAAAUGGGUAUAAAACAUUCCUCUUAUCUCCUGUAAUGGUUCUCACCCACAGGUGAUGCGUAUCAUGGACAACGUGCGUCCGGACCGGCAGACAGUGAUGUUCUCAGCCACGUUCCCGCGGGCCAUGGAGGCCCUGGCCAGGAGGAUCCUGUCCAAACCCAUCGAGGUGCAGGUGGGAGGCAGGAGCGUGGUGUGCUCUGACGUGGAGCAGCAUGUGGUAAGACUUGCCUUUACAUACUCCGGCUGCGUCCCAAAUGGCACCCUAUAUAGUGCACCACUUUUGACCGGGGGACCAUACGGCUCUGGUCAAAAGUAAUGCACUAUAUAGGGAAUAUUGCUCAACUUUAUUGUCUAUUCUUGUUGGGAGUGUAAAUGUGUCCCAUGUGUGGCUCAUACACAUAGUAAUUCAGACAGAAAACAUAAAGAACAGUAAGACUAAAUGGUAGCAUAAUUGCUUAGUUGCUAAAUGACUGUGGUUGGCCACAUCUCCCCAUCUAGCUGGUAAUCGAGGAGGACCAGAAGUUCCUGAAGCUGCUGGAGAUACUGGGUCAUUACCAGGAGAAGGGUUCAGUCAUCAUCUUUGUGGACAAACAGGAGCACGCUGACGGGCUGCUAAAAGAUCUGAUGAAGGCCUCCUACCCCUGCAUGUCUCUGCACGGCGGUAAUGUCAUGCAAACACAUGAGCAGUGCUCUACAUUUUUUAUUUUUAGUCAUUUAGCAGAUGCUCUUAUCCAGAGCGACUUACAGUUAGUGAGUGCAUACAUUUUUUCAUACUGGUCCCCCGUGGUAAUCGAACCCACAACCCUGGCGUUGCAAGCGCCAUGCUCUACCAACUGAGCUACCUCUAGCGUCAUUAGUCUGAGGCUCCGUCCCAAAUGGUCCUCUGGUCAAUAGUAGUGCAUUAUGUUGAGUAUUGGGUUCCAUUUGGGACGGCUACUGUCAACCACAGUUUGAAAGUCACCUGGCUGAGCUCAUUUUGUAUCUUAGACCAUUUUUCUUAUUAGAUCUGAUGAAUUGUUUAUGGUGGGUCAUCAUUUUGUCUCUGCCAUGUCAGUGGUUUUAAAUCCUAUCCUUUGAUAAUAAGCUUUUGUUUAUCUCUUUCCCCUCCCUGUAGGUAUUGACCAGUAUGACAGAGACAGCGUCAUCAAUGACUUUAAGAACGGGGCGUGUCGGCUGAUGGUGGCCACCUCUGUGGCAGCCAGGGGGCUGGACAUCAAGCAGCUGAUCCUGGUCGUCAACUACAACUGUCCCAACCACUACGAGGACUACGUUCACAGGGCCGGACGCACAGGGAGAGCCGGGAACAAAGUGAGUGGUGGAGUCCUGACGGCUACACUACUAGUCUAUCAAUGUUUUUUUACUUUUGCUGGUUACAAAAAUCUGGAAUUCCUGACUGAAAUGUAUUGUAAUGAGACAUCCUUAAAGGUCCUGCACAGUCAAAAUCAUGUUUUUCAUGAAAUUUUAUGUUACACUACAUGGCAAAAGUAUGUGGAUACCCCUUCAAAUUAGUGGAUUAGACUAUUUCAGCCACACCAGUUGCUGAAAGGUGUAUAAAAUCGAGCGCACAGCCAUGCAAUCUCCAUAGACAAACAUUGGCAGUAGAAUGGCCUUACUGAAGAGCUCAGUGCCUUGCAACGUGGCACUGUCAUAGGAAGCAGUUGUCAUGUCAUUACAUCAAGAGAUAUGCCAAACGGGAGAUUCAUGAUGUGAUGUAUGACGGGAUAGGAUGUUGCAUGAGUUUCUUUGUGUAUCAGCAAAUUUGCAUGUGAAAUCUCACUGCUCACUGCGUCCAUGUUACUUGAUGACAUAGGCGUUUUCAAAGAACUAUCAGUCAAGGUGAGCUCCCCGCCCACUCAGCCUAUUAGCUCCCCGCCCACUCAGUCUGUCUCUUCAGACUUCCUUGAAGUUUGACAUGAGUUAUUUCUGUCAAAUUUAGUAUUUUUCUUGGGAAGAAAUAUUGUGGGUGAUGUUUUAGUCACUCCAAAUACAAUUUUUCACAGGAAUCAGAAUUGUAAUAUAUCACUGUGCAAAAAUCUAACAUUUUUGUCCUCCAAGGACCUCUUCAACCAUAUUAGGAAAAUAUUAAUUCUCACUGAAACAUUUUAUUGAUGUUCCCCAGAAACUCUUAAUGUAAAACCACUCUGGUUUUGAUUUGUCCCAGGGCUUUGCCUAUACCUUCAUCACAGAUGAGCAGGCGCGCUACGCUGGGGACAUCAUCAAGGCCCUGGAGCUCUCUGGGUCCCCUGUGCCCAAUGAACUGGAGCAGUUGUGGCUCUCCUUCAAAAACCAACGGCAAGCGGUAAGAGGCAGACUCAAGCAGUGCUGUUCACUGGUGGUGGUUUGGAAGCUCACCGUCUUUGUAUGCAGAACGUGUGGCCAGCAAACUGUAUUAGAGCUGAACAAUCUUUAGAGUUUGGAGUUGAAGAUCAGAGAUUUACACAUUCUGUGGGGUUAUUUCUUCAAACCCUUGGUUUUUCAACUCUUAUUCAACAAUAUUAGACCUGUUUGUCGCUGAAUUACCGCCCCUUGCUUCCAACCAGCAUGGUGCCAAAUCAGUAAGUGAAUGUGACACCCUAUCUAUACCUGCUUGUUAUUUCCCAGGAGGGUAAAAGCAUCAAGAGCAGCAGCGGGUUCUCAGGGAAGGGCUUCAAGUUUGACGAGACGGAGCAUGCUCUGGCCAAUGAGAGGAAGAAGCUGCAGAAGGCUGCUCUGGGUCUGCAGGACUCCGAUGAUGAGGAUGGAGCCCUGGAUGUGAGUACAGUCACCACACGGUCACCUGGUUUCAAGAGUCUUCUAAAGCUUUGAGUAGAAUGCCAACUGUGGCUUGAUUAUGUCUUGAAUUUCCUCCAUUGUGGUCAAACAAUAUGUUUCUAAAUGUCAUAGACUAUGUACAAUAUUGACCCAAUGUCUCACCCUGUCCUUACAGAUUGAUGAGCAGAUCGAGAACAUGUUCAACUCGAAGAAGAGGGUGAAGGAUCUGUCGGCUCCAGGGGGAGGGGUAGGGUCGCCCAGUGCCGCUGCGGCUGCAGCAGGGGGCCUGGCCAACCUCGGUGCCCCCUCCGCUGGAAACAUCCAGAAACUGGAGAUGGCCAAGAGACUGGCUCUCAGGAUUAACGCCCAGAAGAACCUUGGGGCUGAGGCUCAGGUGGGUGGCGGUGUGUGUGAGUUUUGGUGGUCUUCACCUUCCUCUUCCAUUCUAAUUUUACACAUUGCUCUCUAUCUCUGGACAGGAUGUGAUGCAACAGGCCACCAACGCCAUCCUGAGAGGAGGCACCAUCAUGGCCCCCUCCGUCUCGGCCAAGACCAUCGCCGAGCAGCUGGCUGAGAAGAUCAACGCCAAGCUCAACUACAUCCCUGUGGAGAAGCUGGAGGAGGAGAGGCAGGCGGCCGAGCAGGCCGAGACCGUCAAGAGAUACGAAGAGGAGCUAGAAAUCAAUGAUUUCCCUCAGGUCAGUUUUAUAUAGGGCUGAAUCCUAAAUAGCACCCUUUUCCCUAAAUAGUGCAUUACUUUUACCCUAAUCCCUAUACAGUCCCUUAUCCCUAUGGGCCCUGGUCAAAAGUAGUACACUCCAUAGGGUGUCAUUUGGGAAGCACCCCUAGGGUGUAGGUGCAAGACUCUGCUCAUUGAAUCUCCAAAUGGAAGGUAUACUCACCGUGGCUACGUGAACGAUGCAUUAUCAUGCUCAUUCUCUCUCAGUUGAACAUUGAACGGUCUGUUUACUAUGUCUGGGCCUUGACAGAGCUUAAGGUAGAAUUAUAGCGGGUAGAUCUAUUUGCAUUUGAUCAACAUUUGUUUGACCUAGCAACAAUCAAGUGAUUCUGGUUUAAGUAGUUUAUCCCACAAGUGGUAGGUGGUACAGACCUUGCAAACAAUCUCUGAGUAGGAUUGCUGAGAUAGGAUCAGGUCCCCUCUCUUAUCCAUUAUGAUUUGAAAGGCAAAACUGCUCCUAGAUCAGCACUCCUACUCUGAGAUGCUUUGUUAAUACGGGCCUAACUAAACAGGAAUGUGUAAUGCGUCUGUUUGCUGCGUUCCACUAGACUGCAAGGUGGAAGGUCACGUCUAAGGAGGCCCUCCAGAGGAUCGGAGAGUACUCGGAGGCAGCCAUCACCAUCAGAGGAACAUACUUCCCUCCAGGCAAAGAGCCCAAAGAGGGAGAACGCAAGAUCUACCUGGCCAUUGAGAGUAAGCAGCUGUGUUCACCAAUGUGGUAGAAUUGAGUGUUGCAUGUUAGCAAUAGUGAGUUUUUUUUUAAUGGUUGCCACUUGUUGUAAUAUUUUUACGUGUUUGAUUGACAGGUGCAAAUGAGCUGGCCGUUACGAAGGCCAAGGCUGAGAUCACACGGCUCAUCAAGGAGGAGCUUAUCAGAUUAGUAAGUUCUGUCAAUAGAAUUAGAAUCAUUCUAUUUCUAUGGUUCUGUCCUCCAUUACCUAUUCUAUACCAUACAAGUAGUAGAGUUUUACUUCAAAUCGUCUAUGUGGAUGAUUCAAUUAGUGAUGCUAGGGGUUCUGAAUCAUGCUAAUCUACAUCAUCUACUUGUUGGCUGAAUCAUUGAAUGAUCCUGUAUAUGAACACCAGUAUUCAAAAUAAAUGACAAAGUAAUUUGCUUAGCGAAAUUAAAAUGUUUUUCCCUCAUUGCUCAAUGUUUUUACUUUCUCUAAUUUUAGCAAAACUCCUACCAACCCACCAGCAAAGGAAGAUACAAGGUUUUGUAA